AUGAGUAUUGGGCUGGGCGCGGCGAUUUACGCAGCAGUGAAACCUGUUUUGAAGAUUUACUUGAUCAUCUUUGUUGGAUUUCUACUGGCGAAAUAUAAUCUGGCAACCGUGGAAACAAGCAGAGGUGUAUCAAAUAUGGUAGUAAACGCUAUUUUGCCAUGCUUAACGUUCAAUAAAAUCGUCGGUAAUAUUUCAGCCAAAGAUAUAAAAGAAGUGGGCGUCCUGGUUUUGACAGCUUUUCUGAUUUUUGUCACUGGAGGUGCCUGUGCUUAUCUUACGAAGGUAGUAACAAAAUCACCACGACAGUGGUACUGGGGGCUGCUUUUUGCGGGAACUUUUCCAAACAUAUCGGACCUGCCAAUUGCAUAUGUUCAAAGUAUGAGUAAUGGCUCAAUUUUUACCUCUGAUCAAGUUGACCGCGGUGUUGCUUAUUGCUGCAUAUUUCUAUGCACUCAAAGUUUUCUAAUGAUGAACUUUGGGAUGUUUAGACUGGUAGGGCUUGAUUUCAGAGAGGCUAAAAAAGACGAGGAACAACAACUUGACAACUCUGAAUCUAAUUCGACUGAGGAGGAGAGAAAAACUGCAAAAACUCAAAAAUCAUCUUCUAAAUCUUGGAGACGAAGCCGGAGCUCUGACAGUGACAAAGCUAAAAUGUCGAUGUCUCAUCAUAAAAACGAGGCAGGUUCUUCUCAGAGCCUAAGCAGCGAUGCUUUAAGUAACGAAAACUGCAGUAAUGAACAAUGUGAAAAUCCUCAUCAUUUUGUGGCUCCCUUUGAAACUACUAGUAGUUUAAGCUCUACUUCCGAGUAUGGGACCGAUAUUUUACCGCCCAUCGAAUCCCGAGGUUCAAGGCUGUCUCGUGGCUAUGACCAAUUUGUAGCUCCUACAUCAGCUACAGAGUCUUUGCAUAAAGUAAGCUCUACAAGGUCACGAUCCAGCAAACUAUCUACGAAUGUCGAUGGUAAAAGGAGAGGGAGGCCAAGGCGUCAAUCUCAGUCCAUGAAUGAUGUGAUCAACGAAUAUAGCGUCGCUAGCAGAAUCAAGAGUGGUGAGAUGGAUCUCACAAGACCAUUGUCAUUGACACAAGAGGUGGGAGAAGAAAAUGCAUUUACCAGAGACGAAAUCGAGAACUCGGAUUUGGAACGUGGAGUGACACAUAGCUCGCACCUUGAGGGCCCACUAUGCGCAAACCUAUCGCGAACAGCAACCAACAGGUCACAAAAUGCUCCGUCUAAAUUUUCAAUGUUUGUGGACAAGUAUAAGCUGGGAUGGCUGGUAUAUAUCCUAAUCAAUUUUUGCCGUCCUGCUUCCCUUGGCGCCCUCUUGGGUAUAAUAUGUUCUAUGAUCCCCUGGGUCAAGGCUUUAUUUGUGCAUACCUACGUACAUGUUCACCAAGCUCCUGAUGGCCAGCCCGUUCUCAAUUUCUUGAUGGAUUUUACGGGCUAUAUCGGUAAUGCUUGUGUUCCUUUAGGGUUGCUGCUGCUGGGUGGCACUUUGGCACGGCUAGAAGUAAAGAGCUUGCCACCCGGGUUUUGGAAGACGACUUUAAUGAUGACAGUGCUCAGACUUGCAAUACUUCCAAUAAUUGGAAUUGCUUGGGCCAACAAGCUAUACAACAUAAAUUGGAUUGACAAUGAGAUAGCUAAAUUUGUCGUGAUUCUCACCUGGGCCAUGCCCAGUGCAACAGCGCAGGUUUAUUUUACUGCUUUCUAUACUCCACUGGAUGGGGAUCACACUCAAAUGGAUUGUUUGUCGGUAUUCUUUUUGAGUCAGUAUGCUGUAUUAUUUAUUACACUAUCCGUGGUGGUUAGUUAUGCAUUAAAAGCUGAUCUAAAGGUUUAA